UGCUGCCAGCGUCCGAUGCAAAUCCAGCGGCUGAGCACGCCCUAAGGAAAAACGAGGUCUGGACUUAGCCAAACCGAGCGGGCGCGGGGCAAAAGCGCGGGACGCGAGCCAGCGAGCAAGUCUUUUACGGGAGGAAAAAGGCCGCGCCAUCACGGAGGCGACGAGGAGGGCGGCGCCGCCGAUCUGCUGCGCGUCCGAGCCGCCGCGACGCCGAUCUGCUGUGCCUGCCAGCCCUGCGCCGCCGAUCCGUCGCCCCACCAAGCCGUCACGAGCCCUCGCGCCGCCGAUCUGUUACGAGGUAACAGGCUGAUUUUACCAGACGUGUCUUGAUAUGAUUUUCGAAUCCCAGUGCUGCGGUCUGCAGUUUUACCCGGCUUUUGACAGCUCCUCUCUCUGCUUGUGAUGAUGAAGAUUUAUUCUAGCAUCUACAAGUUGGUUAGAUAGUACUGUGAGCAAUCAAAUUCUCUGCCUCAAAGUCAGGGUACCAAGGAAGAGCAAAUUAAUUGAAGUCGCACAUCUCUUUGUACUAUCAUUUUGUUGGUCUGACACAAUUUUCUCAAUUUACCAUUGAAGGUUCAGGUGAACACAGUGAACUAAAUCAAAGAUGAGUUUGCCAAGAUUGAACCGCCAGUCUCUGCAUCUGGUGCUAGGCGCUGGCCGUGACCGAUAUGCACUGACCAGCAUGGACAUCUCAAGGCUGUUCUACCCAUCAUGCGAAGAAGCGAAGGCAGCAGAGACAAAACCUGAGGAUGGCAGCUUCCUAGGAGGAAGGAUAGGGAGCUUACCUGAGCCGAGAAUAUACUUCUCACCAGUCAGGUCGCCUUUUGCUGUGAUUCCUUCUUCUGACAGAUGGAAGGAUACGUUUUCACUCUUGGGCAAGAGCAAGGUCCUCUGCUCCGAUGCUAGUGGCUCUGUCGCCAUGUACAACACCGAGUCACACUCCUUGAUGAGCUUGCCUGAGCUGAACUCGCCCAAGGGACGCAGAUACAUUGCUGUCUCCAUCCCCCGUACUGCUGCCCACGCCAGGGCUGACUUCGAGAUUCACCCAGAUGUGGACUCUGCUAUGUUUGGUGACAAAAUCUUUGGUGACCACACCAACAGCCUUUACAUGAUGAACAUGGUUCCUGGCGAAGCGUGCAGCUUUGAGGUGCUCGCGUACUACCCUAAGAGUCAUUGGUGUUGGCGCCCUCUGCCUGCACCACCAUUCCUCAGCGACCCAAAUUACAGGCCCCCAGACAGCAUUACCUUCGCCUUUGGUCGGUGGCACCAGAAUCUGUGUAUCAUCUGAAGAAGCAACCUACUCUUUUGACACGGUGGACCAGCAGUGGAACAUGGCAGGCCCUACGAGCUGUGUGCCAUAGAUCUCUCCACUGUCUUCUUCUUGGGCUCCUGUGACAAACUUCCGACAGUGCAGCAUGUUGGGUUAGAUGUUGAUCCGCCGCAGAACUGGGUGCUGAUAGAUGU